UUAAAGAGUAUGGAUACAGCUCCUCUGCACAGGGGAGACAGUAGAGCGCCAACCAAAAAUUACAGACCAGAAGCCCUAACAUCAUAAAAGUCAUUGAAAGAGUGAUGAGACGUCACAUUACAAAGUUUAUAUAACAGCACAACGAGUUUAUGUUUUAGACAAAUAGUUUAGAGAACCGACAAGAUGAUAAAUUAGACAAAUAUUUAACACUUGGGUAUCUUUAUUGUGAAGAUGUUUCGCCCCACAGUGGCUUCAUCAGUCCAAUACAAAGAAGAAUAGUGAAGAUCCCAACAUGCUGGCGCCAUUUUUGUCUUUAGGAAGGCGCCAGGAAUAACAGAAUGAAAUCGGAUAUGCUGAAAAAAAAAGCCUAAAUGACAUAACCAGGUUUUUUAAUUAGUACGAAGGUUGUGGAGUGAUGUAUUGUAUAUAUAGUGUAUUAGGUGUUCAAACCCAGUCAUGAGUAUUAUUAUUAUUAUUAUUAUUAUUAUUAUUAUUAUUAUUAUUAUUAUUAUUAUUAUUAUUAUAUUAUUAUUAUUAUUAUUAUUAUUGUUAUCAUCAUCAUCAUCAUCAUCAUCAUCAUCAUCAUCAUCAUCAUCAUCAUCAUCAUCAUCAUCAUCAUCAUCAUAAAAUUAAAAAAGCGCUGUACAAAUAAGGGUUCAUUAAAAAAAAGCUAUCGAGUGUAGAGACAACAAUCAUCUUAAGAGAUACAAUCACGCAUCACUUGCACUUAUUAAUGGCGCCGCACACUAAGAAGUUUAGAUUUCUUGUCGCAUUUUUUGCACGUUUUAAUUGUUAAGAACGUUAAUGUAACAUGCACCAAUACACGAGCACUGUUCCCAUGACCCCAAGGCUGGGAGAACGUAGAACUGUAAUGUAAACACUGUUCUCGUGACCCCCAAAGCCGGGAGAGCGUAGAGCUGUAGUGUAAACACUUCUCGUGACCCCCAAAGCCGGGAGAGCGUAGAGCUGUAUUGUAAAUACUUCUCGUGACCCCAAAACCGGGAGAGCGUAGAGCUGUAGUGCAAACACCUAACGCAUGCGUUAGGUGCAAACACCUAACUCCGUGCAUGACACACGGGAGGGUGAGUAAAAAAAAAAUAGCAUAUUACGAAUUUCACAAAACAUUUUCUGGUGUUACGGUUGAGGGAGAUGAUGAUGGCAAGGUCAGAGGAAGGUGUGAGGGCGUGUCUGGUGCACAUAUAUAAACAGCGACCCACGAGCCUCACCCAGCAGAGUCUGGCUCCACCACACACACGCACACCAUGAAGACCCUGGUUGUUUUGGCAGUGAUAGGCGUGUGUUCGGGCGGCUAUCAGGCCUACAACCCUGGCUAUGGCUACGACGUUCAGCCCAAGUAUGUGGGACCCGUGGCUUCCGUCAUCCCCGCUGGUGUGGACGGUAAGAUCAUCCCCGUCUCAGACACCUACGAGGUCGCUGCUGCUAAAGAUGCCUUCUUCAAGGCCUACAACGACCAGCUGGAUGUUAUCAAGUCUCGUCGUUAUGGCACCCCCGGCUACGCCUCAGCUCUCCCUGUCUAUAAAGCUUCUGUUGCCCCCGCCUUCAUCUCCGGCGGCGCCUACGGUCCACCAGCAGUGUCCUACGGUGCACCAGCAGUGUCUUACGGUGCCCCGGCUGGGUUCUUCGGCACCUCAACCGGGACCUACGGCGCUCCCGGAGUGUCCUACGGUGGUCCUCCCGGCGCCUACAAGAACCCCGGCUACCACGGUCCUCCCACUCAGGUCCCCGACACUCCCGAGGUGUCCGCCGCCAAGCAUGAGUUCUUCAAGCUCUACGCAAGCAACAGCAGCCUGCCGGCCGCCCCAGACCUCUACACCUACCACUGA